AAGAGUAGAAGUGGUAAAUUGAGAAUAGAUGUUAAGAGAAGGUAAGAGUAGAGGAGGGAUGAAGAAGGCGUGACUAGUCGCACUAAUUAUGACUAGCCGUGAGUGAAUAUAUUUCUCCAACAUGGAUUUUCUAAAACAAGAGUAAGAAGAAAAAUCUUUGCGUAGCGUCGAUUGUGAUAAAAUAACUCAGAGGUCGGUUUGGUCGGCUUUGUGUAUGGAAUAUAAAUAUGUUUGAGUAAAAAGAAAUAUACGGCAGAUGUAAAGAAAAGUAAGGCACAAACGAUACAAAGAAAAGAAAGAGAGAAGAGAGAUAGAGAGAGAGAGAGAUAGAGAGAGAAAAACUAACAGCAGAAAAGUAACAACGGAAAGAAAAAAUUUUGAAAGAGAGAAGGAAAGAAAGAUAAGCAGCGAAGUUAAAGGAAUGGCAGAGUGAAAUAUACAAAUAAGAGUGAAAUAUACAAAUAACCGCGAGAAUGAGAAGUGAAAACAACGGAUUACGAUUUAUUUACUCGAAACAUGGAAUUUAUCGUUUCCCAAGCAACCAACACGCAGUUUUAUUAGUCUCCUUGGCCGUGAAGCCAGCAAACGUCCAGCAAUGAGCGAUGGACUCUGCAAAUAGAGAACUGUCCAGCUGUUUAAGGGCAGGUGGAUGGAGCGUAUUGUUUACGAAUGCUCGUCCGUUGUGAAGUCUUUUAACCAACCAUUCUCCCGUAACAAUCAGCCACACCAAUAUUCACAUCACCACCCGCAGCCAUAUAAACAGCUGCAAUCAGAACAACACAGCCAGCAUCAGCAAGACUAUCACAUAUAUCGACCAAAACAUUUUGUCUCAUCAAAGAAGUUUCUUCAGUUCGCCAGAAAAUUGUUGCUCUUCCUGUUUUGCGUUUGUACAUUCACAUGCGUUCUUCUCUAUGCAUUUGUAACUGCCAAUUGCAACACACUUGUUACACUGUCGGGUGGGUCACUUGCCGUUAUAGAAACAGACAGGCUAAACGAUGUGGUUAUUGCUAGAGAAUUCCAGCGACCGAUUGACUCCAGGUUUAAAUUGUCCUCUUUUCUCAAUCUUUCCAACGUCUUUCCAUUUCGUAAGAUCAGCGGAAAACAAUUGCAAGGCAGAUCCAACAAACGACGCCGAAACACUGUUCCGGUACCGGUAUCCUUAAAUGUAGUAGCACCUGUACACGUACGCGUUUCUAAAAGCCGAAAUAUUCGUCCCAAAACAUCUACUGUGAUCCCUUUCCGAUUUGCAAAACCUCCAAGCCACACAUCUGGUCAACCUGCCCCAGGGAGGAGACAAAGGAAAUCACCAAGACGUUUGGCGUCAAUGGCAGUUAAAAAGCAAAAUGGUCACCAUGGGUUACGCACAGAUGGUGUCAGGAACAGUGAUGAUACCGUCAACAACGUCAAGGUUUACAAAUAUAAAAAGAACAAUACCAACAACAAAAACAACAGCAACAAAAGAUACAAGAACACUGUUAGAUUUGUUGGAAGUAAUCGUAACGAUAAUUCUUUUCGUAAUUGGCAAGUUCCUUGGUCAGCAAAUGAAGAAAAGAGGUCCGACUACUCGGAGAACUUGGUUAACAAGACCAGAGAGAGAAGAAUGGUGCAGCAACAUCGGGACGACAGAAGUGUGGACAGUGACAGAGCGGUCUAUCAGCGGUAUGAUGGCACCAUUUUGUCACAGUCAAAUGAUUUAUUGUCAAACCAAAAAAUCAACCGAAACAAUAAAGACAGCAUUAAGAACAGCAAAAACAAUAGAAACUACAACGACGACGAUGAUAAUCUAAAUAAGGAGGCGAAUACAUACAAUACGGGAUAUAUUAUGGAAAAUAAUAACAAUAACAAAAGUAAUAACAGAAAUAAUAGCAAUGAUAGUCAUGAUAUUGAUGGUGGUGGUGGCAACGGUGUUGGUGAUGGAGAAGUGGUUGGUGAGAGGAAAGGUAUUUACAAUGAUGGAAGACCUUUACAUAUACAAAGAAUUCGACAGAACGCUACCAAAAAACUUCCGCAAGCAAUAAUAAUUGGAGUUAAGAAAUGUGGUACCCGCGCAUUACUGGAAUAUCUCAGGUUACAUCCUGACAUGAAAGGCACUGGACCGGAACCGCAUUUCUUUGACAGACAUUACUAUAAAGGCCUGGAGUGGUACAGAAAGAAAAUGCCGGCAACUAUAGAUGGGCAGAUGACAAUUGAAAAGACGCCGAGUUAUUUUAUAACAAAAGAGGUUCCAAAAAGGAUCUUCAACAUGUCCAAAGAGAUGAAAAUUCUUGUAAUCGUUCGCGAUCCAGUCACAAGAGCCAUUUCUGAUUACACGCAACUUGCUUCAAAACGUAUGAAUCAGAUGAAACGCUUCGAAGAACUGGCAUUCCUUAAUACCUCAACUAGAAUUGUCGACACAAGUCGAAAUAUAAUUCGGAUCGGGGUCUACGCAAAAUUCUUGGAGCGAUGGCUUCAUUACUUUCCUCUAUCUCAGAUGCAUUUUGUAAGUGGUGAACAAUUGAUAUCUGAUCCUGCGCAAGAACUUAGCUUAGUGCAAGAUUUUCUUGGAUUAAAAAGGAUCAUUUCUGAGAAACAUUUUUACUUUAACGAGACAAAAGGUUUCCCUUGUGUAAAAAAGGCUGAGGGAAGCGGUCAUCCACAUUGUUUGGGUAAGACGAAAGGAAGGCCUCAUCCAACUGUAGAUCCGACAAUAUUAAAGCGACUGAGAGAUUUUUAUAGGCCGUUUAAUACAAAGUUCUACCAAAUGGUUAAUAGGAAUUUUCGUUGGCCAUGAUUUUAUGUAAAGCGAUAUUUCUGUACUAUGAUAUUGUCUGUGUUUGUGUAUUUACCAUGUCAUAAAGGAGAGAAAAGAAAACAAUACUUCAUGUUUAUUGCCAUUUUAGAUUCGAAUAUGUUUGUAAUUUUUUUUCUAUGAAAAAACUGUUGUUUAAUCAUCGGGAGUAAAUAAAACCAAAACAAGGCGUGUUUGGUAACCAAACUACUUGUUUAUUCCUGGCUUAUUCUAUACCGAUAUAGGUUUCGCAGAAACACAAUAUACAUAAAUUCAUAAAUAAUCAAGAAAAUGAAGAACAUAUGCAAAUACACGAAGAUUAUAUAUGCGGGUAUAUGCAUAUUUACUUGCAAGCAUACACACAAAUAUGUGUGUGUGUGUGUUUGUGUGUGUGUGAAUUUUAUUCAUAACCGCGAACUGGCAGACACACUCGCAAAUAAUUAGACACAGACACAUAAGUAUAUGUAACUAAAUUAUUACAGGGAUAAGAAUUUCGAUCUUGUACUGCAACUGAAUAUAAAUUAUGAGGAAUCAGGAUACAUAAAUAAUUUAUGCAAUAUAUAUCCAUAUAUUAUUUGAUAAUUACAGCCGACUUUAUAAAACGUCUAAAAAUGUUAAAAAUAUUAACACAUGCAUUCACAAAGCAAUGCACACCGUGGCUGUCUGCCUAUCUAUCUAUCUAUAUGCGUGUGCGUGUGCAUGUAUACAUGUAUGUAUGUAUACAAUUAUGUAUGUAUAUGUAAGUUAGCAAUCAUAUUUAUUACAGAGAAACUAUAUCAUUUACUUCGAAUAAUAUUAGAAAAUAACAAUAAAGACUUGACAAAUAAAUUCGUGAUGAAUAUUAAUAAGAUUAGUAUUACAAACUAGUAAACAAUAUAGCAUAACUAUAUGUUUGAAACCAAUCUUCCUUAUCAAUAUUCUGAUUGUUUUCCACAAAUAAAUACAUGCAUCCCUAAACAUAGUUGCGUACUUAUAUGACGCUUACACGUACACAUAAAUAGAUACACAUAUAGGAAUAUAUAUUAUGAAACUUAUUUUAACAAUGUUUUGCUUUUCAGUUUCUUUGGAUUAGUAGAUUUUCUAAAAUCAUCAUCAAUAUUUCUAAAUUGACUGAGUCAUAUCUUUCUCACGGCAGAAAAUUUGUGUGUACUUGCCUGUUUAUAAAAUGCAGUGCGUUUAAUAUAACUAGAAAUUACGGACAAAUUUUAAAAUUUAACCGUUAGAUAUUCAUAUGUCUUCAUUGGAAUAUAUGUUUAUAUAUUUCACACCUUUGUGCAUAACAUGUAGUAUGAUGAUAAUUGAAACUUCUAUAUUUGCGAGCUGAUGUUAGCAAGAAAGUUAUUCCCUUAACUUUAGCGAGUAACAUAUCACUUAUGUAAGUUUAACGUUUUCUGUGUUUCCUUUUGUUUUCUAUUUUACGUUUUUCGCAAUGGCAGUGUGUAAAUCUAGUACAUACAUAGUACGCAAUUUGAUUACUAUAUUUUAUGUGCUGUUUAAUGACUGUACUAUUCAAUGCCUAUGUUAAUGUAUUAGCUAUUACUCACUCUGAAAUUAUGUAAACGUAGAUGUCGUUGUCUGUCGUUGGAGACUGUGACAAUUUAGAGAAAUUUUGAUGAUGAAUUUGGACACCUUUUGUUCCAUAAAUAAGGCAAAGAACCUCAGACGGAAUAGCAAAACUAGAAAAUUAGAGAUCACAUUCCUGUAUUGCAUAUAUCAGAUGCAAAUAUCUGUAUGUGAGCAUAUAUAAACACACGCACCCACAUUCACACACACAUAUACAUACACACCCACACAUAUACAUACAUACUAGGCUUAUCUAGCGGUGGUCUGAUCUUUCGCAGAACCUGUGCAUGUGGACCUACUCCAGUACUCCCUAUAGGAACUUGGAGGUGCCAUACCAUCCACUGCUUCCGUUAAACAUAUUACUAGAACUUCUGCUACCUUGCCUAGUCUUGGGAUAUAAUACGGAGUGGUUUCCUUGACUUCUCCAGGCAGGUGGAAUUUGAACUCGGAAACUGAAGCGACGGAAUAUAUAGGGUAAAGCAUUUUCCCAGCCACAAAGCAACGUGAAAUGAAGUGUUUUGCAAAA